GCCUCUUCCCUUAGCCGUCACCAAUGAAGAAGAAUCAGUAGAAAAUGGUAAUCGAAAACCCUAAUUACUCGAAGUCUCGAACUGUAAUGCUCCUCCGCCGGGAAAAUUCCAGUCACCCGAACCAUUUAUCGGAGUAAAGUGAUCGAUUGAUGAUGAGUCUCGUAAUUUCUGUUGAAAUUUGAGUUUUCUAUGAUUUUUUCGCUAUGUUUCGACUUUGUUUCGGCCGCGAUCGACAGUUUUUCAUUUCUUUCGUCCGUUUAUCAUUUCCGGCGAGCUGAAAUCCAAGGAAUUCAAGUCAACAAUUGGAUUGCAAAUGUUGCGAGCAUCUUGCUAUGAUACGAUCGACUUUCAUCCGCCCUAAAAUCUCAGCGAAAGGGAUGUCAGAAUGUUACUUAUUAGGAAAGGAAAAUUGGAUACUGUGUUAAUGCCUCUGAAGCAUUGGGUUACUUUGCAGAAUGUGCAGCUUAGGAGCAAAAUUAACCAAGUAUUCUCUAUGCUCUGCUCUUAAUUCUUGUGCCAAAACACAUAAUUUGUUCUUGGGUUUACAAAUUCAUGCCCAAAUUGUCAAAAUUGGAUUUGAAGAGAACUUAUUUUUGAACAGUUCACUUGUUGAUUUAUACUCCAAAUGUAAUGCCAUUGUGAAUGCCAAAAGGGUCUUCUCUCAUAUGAAGACUCAUGACCAAGUAUCUUGGACUUCUAUAAUAUCAGGGCUCUCUCAAAAUGGGUGUGGGAGUGAAGCCAUCCUGAUGUUUAAGAAUAUGUUGGUAACUCAAGUUAGACCCAAUUGUUUUACUUAUGCCACUGUUAUUAGUUCAUGCCUAACUUUGAAGGAUGAACUUCAGAUUCAUCUUGCAACUUUGCUUCAUGCUCAUGUUAUCAAACUUGGUUUUACUUUUAGCAAUUUUGUAAUUAGCUCUACUAUUGAUUGUUACUCUAAACUAGGAAGAGUACAAGAAGCUGCUCUGCUCUUUUAUGAGACAACGGUGAAGGAUAAUAUCAUAUUUAAUUCUAUGAUAUCAGGGUAUUCUCAAAACUUGUAUGGGGAAGAGGCAUUAAAACUGUUUGUAGAAAUGAGAGCUAGUAAUUUGAGCCCAACUGAUCAUACAUUAACUAGUGUUUUAAAUGCUUGUGGGUGUCUAACAGUACUCGAACAAGGAAGGCAAGUUCACUCUCUAGUUACAAAAAUGGGAUCAGAAAAUAAUGUGUUCGUAGUCUGUUCAUUGCUAGAUAUGUAUUCGAAGUGUGGUAGUGUGGACGAAGCCUUUUUUUUAUUCAAUCAGACGUUAGAAAAGAACAGUGUCUUGUCGACAUCGAUGAUAAUGGCUUUUGCUCAAUGUGGUAGAGGCUCAGAAGCAUUAAAGCUCUUUGAGAGUUUGUUGACUGAAGAAGGUUUCUUGCCUGAUCAUGUCUGUUUUAAUGCAGUUUUAACUGCCUGUAAUCAUGCAGGAUUACUAAACGAGGCAGUUGAAUAUUUCAAUAAAAUGAGCUGUGAAUACAGAUUAGAUCCUCAAAUUGAUCAUUAUGCUUGUUUGAUUGACCUCUAUGCCAGAAAUGGGCAUGUAGAAAAAGCCAAGCAAUUGAUGGAGCAAAUGCCUUACGAAUCCAAUUACGUAAUGUGGUGUUCCCUCUUAGGUGCUUGCAAAGUUCAUGAAGAGGUUGAGCUUGGGAGGGAGGUGGCAUAUCAAUUAAUCGAGAUGGAUCCAAGUAAUGCUGCACCCUAUGUAACGCUUGCUCAUAUUUAUGCUAGAGCUGGUUUAUGGACACAGUUGGGUGAGAUUAGAAAAGAGAUGCAACAAAAAAGGGUAAGGAAAAGUGCAGGGUGGAGCUGGAUUGAGAUAGAUAAGAAAAUUCAUGUCUUCUCAGUUGGUGAUGCUGCUCAUCCUAAAUCAUGUGAAAUUUAUUCAAAACUUGAUCAACUGAAUUUGGAUAUGAAAGCAGCUGAACAUGCAUCAAAAGCACUUGAAUAUGAUGUUGAGUGUUAAUGUCAAUGGUGGAAUAGAGUUAUUGUUUGAACUUCUGAUAGACUUAGUUGGAAAUGAGAAUCCAAGCGAUUCAUAUUUGCAGUGAAUUCUUGGAUGAGUGAUGAUGAUAUUUGUUUAGGAUAGUGGGAUUGUUAAUGUAAGUAUGUAAUGUGAUGAAUGAGUGAUUCAAUCCAUUUUCAGUCACACAUGUUCUUUGCUUCUAUUAUUAGGAUAGUUUGACUGAAGCAGUCAUAUUUGUUUAAGUUGUGUUUGAAACGAUAUUGGCCUUCAUACAAGGCGGACUGUCUCGACGUGCUGCUGGUGUUGUAUGUGCAUAAGGUUGUAAAUUACAAAUAUUGUCAUCAGGAUUGAGUUUCUAGCUCUUAAAUA